AUGGGAGGACGGCAUGCCGCCAGGUCCGACUCGAGCGCGGUCGGCGCGCUCGCCGCCGCGGGCGGCGGAGUCCUCUUUGCGAGCGGGUGGCUGGUGUGGAUCGACGGGGUCGCGGCGGCCGCAAACGACUACGGCUUUGGCACGCCGGGCGCGGACUGGGUGCCCGGCAUCCUGCAGACGGUCGCGCUUCUCAUGGUGAACGCGAUCACGUGGAGCGCGAUGGCGGACGGCGGGUUUGACGACUCCGUCGCGCAGAAGGUGAAGGCGUGGGUCUUUGUCUCGUUUGUGUUUGCCUUCUCCGGCCUGAUUGCGUCCACGUACAUCCUGGUCCGAGAGUCCAACUCGCCCACCGCUCCCGGCUCUCAUGACUCGGCCGUACGAGGCCUUUUGCAGAACCUGCUGAUCUUCGGAAGCUCGCUGCUCUUCCGGGCCGGCAGGCUGUCGGAUGGCGAUUGA